AUGGUCAAUGACUUUUUCUCCUCUAGUAUCAUCAAUGCAUCUUUGAAUGAGACUUAUAUUUGCUUGAUCCCUAAAAAUAUUUUAUUCAAAGACUAUUUCAAUCUCAUUUCAUGUGCAUACAAAAUUAUCAUUGGGGUGCUUUCUAAUCAAUUAAAACCUGUUCUCUCUCAUACUAUUGCUGCCAAUCAACUUGCUUUCAUGGUUAAUAGACAGAUCUUGGAUGCCUCUUUAAUGACAAAUAAGUUAAUUGAUGAUCAGUUUUCCACCAAUAAGGCAGGUUUUGGGGUUGUCUGGCAUUGGUGGAUUAGAAGAUAUGUUGCUAGUGCAAACUAUUCUAUCAUUCUUAAAGGUCAUCCUCGUGGGAAGAUCAUUCUAUCUCAUGGUAUUCAGCAAGGAGAUGCUCUUUCUCUGUUUCUCUUUAUCCUGGUUGCUAAUUGCUUGAGUCGCCUCUUAGAACAUAACUCAUCUCGGGGACAUAUUAUUUCUCAUCCUAUUGGUACUUCUUUUCUCACUUUACAUCAUCUUCAAUUUGCAGAUGAUACCUUAUUAUUUUCUACAUCAGAUCAUUCAACUUUGCAGAAUUUGUUUGAUGUGGUUGGCAUCUUUGAGAGUGCCAUUGGUUUAAAUAUCAAUCUAUCUAAAAGUGAGCUGCUUGGUAUUCAUCUUGUUGAAUCUAAUUGUCAGUGGAUGUUGAAUACAUUUGGUUGUAAUAGGAGUUCCUGGUCGUCUUCUUAUCUGGGUUUUCCCCUUGUUAGAAAUUCUAAGUUUAUGGCUUUUCGGCAACUUGUUGUUGAGAAAAUUAAAUGCAAGCUCAAUAAUUAG